CUCUUAUGUACCGCAAGAAAACUGGUGAAUAAAGUUUCGUUAAAUCCUUGCGUUUGAAAAAUAACCGGCGUUUUAUUUUGAGCCUUUAUCGCAUCUAAACCUAUUUAAAUAUAUAAGAGAAUGUCAGUUACAUUAAAUACUGAAUACGGGGACCUAAAAUUAGAAUUAUACUGCGAACUAUUUCCAAAAACUUGCGAAAAUUUCUUGGCACUUUGUGCAAGUGGAUAUUACAAUGGCUGUCUUUUUCACAGAAAUAUAAAAGGUUUUAUGGUUCAGACUGGAGAUCCAACAGGAUCUGGUAAAGGCGGAGAAAGUAUUUGGGGAAAACCUUUUGAUGACGAGUUCGAUGAAUCCGUCAAGCAUAGUUGUCGCGGUAUGAUCUCAAUGGCCAACAAAGGGCCUAAUUCGAACAAAUCACAAUUUUUCAUAACUUACGCUAAACAACCACACCUCGAUUUGAAGUAUACAGUUUUUGGUAAAGUUAUCGAUGGUUUUGAUGUUCUUGAUGACUUGGAAAAACUUGAAGUAAACGAAAAAACCUACAGACCACAUAAAGAAGUUCGAAUUAAGAACGUCAGGAUACACGCAAAUCCUAUCGCCGACGCUGUUAUUUAA